AUGCUUCGGCACGAAUGGGCCGACUCGACCGGAGUGAUACCACGGCCUCACAGAAAACCGACGUGAAGCAACGCUUGCGUUGUGUUUCGUCGUAUGAGUGAGGUUACCUGUCGUUUUUUUUUUCUUUUUUUUUUUUUUUUUUUUUUUUUAAAAAAAAAUACGUUGCCCCACACUGCGAUUGUCUCCUGUGUCGUGGGUGCGUUUACAAACAUACAAGUUCACAUACACAUGACACCCAGACCCGGAACAACAAUCUUUUGAUCACACAAAGAGUUGUUCCGUGUGGGAAUCGAACCCGCGGCACGUUGCACGGCAGCCAGUUGCCCAGCCACCGUGCCAACCGUGCAGUC